CCACUCUUCACUUCCUUCUUCUUCUUCUCAAUUCUCAUCCCAAAAACCAGAAAUCAACAACCCCCCAUUUUUCUAUUUUUUCCCCAUUUUUUUAAAUUAUUUUCAUUUCUACUUUUUUUUUUUUCAUUUCUUCUUUCAAAAUUGGAAGCAAACUAUCAAAUGCUUCAAAUGUGUUCCAGCUUUUUCUUUAAGCAAUUUCAGGGAGAUGGGUGCUUUGGUGGGAUGGAAGGUAGUGGUGUGAAGAGUGGUGAAAAUUAGUGAUUUUAGUGAUUGUUAUUAGUAUGGCAUCUGCCAGUGCCAGCCUUGGAAAUGGGGGUGUUGGAAGUUCUAGGUCUGUUAAUGGCUUCAAAAGUUCUUCAAGUUCAGUUGAUUGGCUUGGGAGAGAAAUGCUUGAGAUGAAGUUGAGGGAUAAGGUGGAUCAUGAUGAGGACAGAGAUAGUGAACCAGAUGUAAUUGAUGGUGUGGGUGCUGAAGCAGGACAUAUUAUUCGAACAACUAUAGGUGGUCGGAAUGGCCAGUCGAGACAGACGAUCAGUUAUAUAGCAGAGCAUGUGGUUGGAACUGGCUCAUUUGGCGUCGUCUUCCAAGCGAAAUGUAGGGAAACUGGAGAAAUUGUUGCUAUUAAGAAAGUUCUUCAAGACAAGCGAUACAAAAAUAGAGAACUACAGAUUAUGCAGAUGUUGGAUCAUCCAAAUAUCGUUUCCCUUAAGCAUUGUUUCUUUUCAACGACGGACAAGGAAGAGCUCUACUUAAAUCUGGUACUCGAAUAUGUUCCUGAAACUGUCAAUCGUGUUGCGAGGAACUACAGCAGAAUGAACCAAAGAAUGCCUCUAAUAUAUGUGAAACUCUAUACAUAUCAGAUCUGCAGAGCACUUGCCUAUAUACACAAUUGCAUUGGGAUAUGUCAUCGUGACAUUAAGCCUCAGAACUUGCUGGUGAAUCCACAUACGCAUCAACUGAAACUCUGUGAUUUUGGCAGUGCAAAAGUAUUGGUUAAAGGAGAACCCAAUGUCUCUUACAUCUGCUCGCGAUACUAUCGUGCUCCAGAAUUGAUAUUUGGUGCUACGGAAUACACAACUGCUAUUGAUAUUUGGUCUACAGGCUGUGUUAUGGCUGAGUUAUUACUUGGACAGCCAUUAUUUCCUGGUGAGAGUGGAGUUGAUCAACUAGUUGAAAUCAUUAAGGUAUUGGGAACACCAACCAGGGAGGAGAUUAAGUGCAUGAAUCCCAACUAUACUGAAUUUAAGUUUCCACAGAUAAAGCCUCAUCCGUGGCACAAGGUUUUCCAAAAGCGUUUGCCUCCAGAAGCUGUUGACCUUGUUUGUAGGUUCUUCCAGUACUCUCCCAAUCUGAGAUGCACUGCCUUGGAAGCUUGCAUACACCCUUUCUUUGAUGAAUUAAGGGAUCCAACCACUCGCCUUCCCAAUGGCCGCCCUCUUCCUCCACUGUUCAAUUUUAAAUCUCAAGAGCUGUCGGGCAUACCACAAGACAUUGUCAAUCGACUUAUUCCGGAGCAUGCACGGAAGCAGAACUCAUUCAUGGCAUUGAACACUUAGCAGCUGUUGUAAAAUCUUUGCGUGUAAUUGUAAUCCUCCACGUCACCGUCUUACAUCGACAUUUGUAUAAAAAGAAAAGGAUGUAUUGUCUACUCUUUGUUGUAUUGUGCUUCUAUUUGUGAGUGUUCAAAGAGGAGUUCUGUAGGACAAUCUUGGAACCUGAGGCUUUGAGUUUGCUGUAAUAGUAAAAGUGUUUUUGUGAUUUUAUUGUCUGAGACAACAUUAGCUUAUGUUGUAUAUUUAUUCUAAAUGGCCCUCUAUCACAGGGAUUUUACUCA